CACGUGCGUCAUAGCCACACAUCUAUCGUCUUGUCGAUCGGCUUGUCAACAGCCAUGGAACACAGCGGACCCAAGAGUCCUAUGCCCAUUGUUCAUGUUGACUCUGGGCUCCGAAAACCAGCGCCUCACCCAUUUCCAACUUCUGACGGCGGGAGUGUCCUGACAUUGAGCUCCAAAGGAAGUUCCACCAUCAAGGCAAGCCGCGCCAACAUUUUCCAUGGCAUCCGAUUCCCAAGGCCUAAGCCGCCUGAGGAACGGGAGAAGAAGAGACCAAAGACCCCACUAGAUUCUAACCCUCCGGGUUCAUCUGCUUUCGGGAUACCUGGGCGCCACAUUCUAGACACCCUCCACAAAGGAAAAGGGAAGUCCAAGGAGCCGCAUCACAAUUCAGAGAGCCGAAUUCCUACAUCUCUCACUCCUGCAGAAGAGUAUCGUCGCCUCUAUCAGCACAACUUCCCAGAUAGACAGCCUCUUCCUCGCGCUUACGGGUCUAGCCCCGCCAUUGACCUGGCUACAGCAUCGUCACUAGCGUUGCAAGCGCUUAUGUCUCCCAAUUCCAUGCCACCAACCGCUAAAACUUUCCCUUCACACUCGUCUCUCCAGGAUACUCCAGUCAACAGCACUGAUUUCCUGAACGAGCUAGAGGCGGCCGCCGAGGAUGUCAUCCCUUCAUGGCUUGUUGGGAGUAGUCACAUGAAAAAGACCGCAGCAUUAUUAGCAGUAUCGAGCCACACUAAUCAUGUCUCUUCUGCGCCCCCGCCCAAACUCCAUUCCGAAUCUCACCAACGGAGGAAUUUCCCAUCUACUUCCAAUUACUGGAGUGAAGAUGAGGAAGAGGACAUUUCCCCCGAUGACAAGGAAGAGGAAGGUCCCUACAGGCGCCCCCCUGUUCGUAGGAAGGAUCGACGAUCCAAAAACAGAAAACCAAAUCCCGAGUAUAAUUUCGCCACUCGACCCUAUGCAUUAUCAUCCAGGCUCCCUUCCGCUCCCGGAGGAAGCAUGGCAGGCGCAGAUUCUGUAAUGCUGGCUCUCAGAAUAUAACGCCCCGUCAAGGAGACUUAAAGGGUGUAGGUGGGUUUCCUUCCUUUUCCCUUUUUUUUUUCUUUUUUUUAAGUCUGCAAAAAAGUGAUGUUGUCUGAAUACCCCAUUUCGUUUUUGGAUCGAUUGUUGUAUUUAUUGGGUAUCACUUGGUAGUGUACCGGUCCUGUAGCCGAACCAUCAUGCAUUGACACCCCAACAUUGCAAAGCCCCAGAGUAC